AUGGGUGCCGUCCUCGAAAACCAUUAUGCUCACCAUUCUUAUCAAACUUUAUUUUCCGAUCAGCUCGGCCCCUUGGUAGGACCCUUCUCGGUCCCGAUUCUUAGGUCGUCUUCGCCAGAGUCUUUGUACUCGAACCAUGAAUUCUAUGCUGUGGGAGCUACUAUAGGUUCAUUCACAGGAGCAAUAAAGGGGCAGACCACAGAAACUGGGAUUUUCCGUGGUUUUGUUGUGGGGGCAGUGGCAGGCGCAAUCACGGCCGUUGAAUUGUUGGACCUCAUAUCCAAUGGUGAACCAUUUUCCAAGAUUGCAUUAAUAUGUAGUUUGAUAAACGGGAAAAUAUUUAUGGAAUGGGUGAGCCCUGCAGUGCUCAAAGCUUACCAGUGGCAGGGCUCUCCGCUCGGCCCGGUUCUGUCCGUCGCUGACCGCGAAGUUAUCGAUAAUUUUUCACGUAAAAAUUUUAGUCUUCAGACAGGGGCGGACCCACAUAGGGGCCCGCAGGGGCACGUGCCCCUGUGGUGUUAG